AUGGCGGCCGCAGAGGAGAACACCGGCAACGGGAGAUCGAGCCACCCUGCCAACUUCGGCUCCGGGCACUGGCAGCGGCCGGCGCGUGGUGCUCAGCUUCGGCUCACCGCAGCCGUCGCCGCCGUCGUCGUUUCCAGUGCCGCCGCGAGUCCUUCGUUGACCAUGAUCAUCUCCAAGAAGAACCGCCGCGAGAUCUGCAAGUACCUCUUCCAUGAGGGGGUCCUGUAUGCCAAGAAGGACAACAACCUGUCCAAGCACCUGAAGCUUGAUGUGCCCAACUUGGAGGUGAUUAAGCUCAUGCAGAGCUUCAAGUCAAAGGAAUGA